CGCAGCGGUCUCCGGCAGAAAACUGGCGAGCCUGGGCCGGCGCGGGGCCUUGUGGGAGGGCUUAAGGAAGUAAAAUGGCGGACCUGGCGAACGAAGAAAAGCCUGCCAUUGCUCCGCCCGUCUUUGUGUUUCAGAAGGAUAAAGGACAAAAGUCCUCUGCAGAGCAAAAAGACUUGUCGGAUUCGGGAGAGGAGCCUCAGGGGGAGGCUGAGGCCCCCCACCAUGGCACGGGUCACCCCGAGUCAGCUGGUGAGCAUGCCCUAGAACCUCCCGCCCCUGCUAGCACUUCAGCCAGCACUCCUCCGCUUCCCGCUCCUGAAGCCCAGCUUCCUUUUCCACGAGAACUGGCAGGGAGGUCAGCUGGAGGCUCCAGUCCUGAAGCAGGAGAAGAUUCUGACCGAGAAGAUGGAAACUACUGCCCUCCUGUCAAGCGAGAAAGAACGUCCUCUUUAACCCAGUUCCCACCUUCACAGUCAGUGUCAAAACACAAUGUUUUUAUGCCAUCAACCUUCUGCGAGUCCUCUGCAGGCAAUUCUGACUCAGACCCAGAGGAAAAGAGCAGCGGGUUCCGGCUGAAGCCACCGACACUGAUCCAUGGCCAGGCGCCCAGUGCAGGUUUGCCAAGCCAGAAGCCCAAGGAACAGCAGCGCAGUGUUCUCCGCCCAGCCGUAUUGCAAGCCCCACAGCCAAAAGCACUGUCGCAAUCCAUCCCUAGCAGUGGCACCAAUGGAGUCAGCAUCCCAGCAGACUGCUUGGGGGCAGCGACAUCAUUAUCACCAGAAAACCCUGCACGGAGAAGUCCCUCUGAAUCUGCUGACGAGGCACAUGCACUUGAGGAGAAAGAGCCCCAGAAAAAUGAAUCUAGCAAUACUUCUGAGGAGGAAAACUGUGAGAAGAAAGAUCAAGUUGCACAGCAAGCCUUUGUAUUUGGGCAGAACUUGAGGGACAGAGUUAAGCUGGUGAAUGAGAAUACCGAUGUAGCUGGCUUGGAGAGUGCCGGACAGCCCAGCUCAGACACGCCAGCUGCCACCAACUACUUUCUCCAGUAUAUCAGUUCCAGUUUAGAGAACACAGCCAACAGUGCCGACGCCUCCAGCAACAAGUUCGUCUUCGGCCAGAACAUGAGCGAGCGUGUUUUGAGUUUCCCCAAGUUAAACGAGGUCAGCUCAGAUGCCAGCAGGGACAACGCAGCUGCCGAGUCUGGAUCUGAGUCGUCUUCCCAGGAGGCCACCCCUGAGAAAGCUAAUAACAUUGCAGAGUCCCUGGUCGAGUCAGCGGCUGCCUACACCAAGGCCACAGCGCGGAAGUGUUUGUUGGAGAAAGUGGAAGUGAUCACUGGGGAGGAGGCAGAAAGCAAUGUGCUACAGACCCAGUGCAAGCUGUUUGUCUUUGACAAGACCUCACAGUCCUGGGUGGAGCGAGGCCGGGGGCUGCUCAGGCUCAACGACAUGGCAUCGACCGACGAUGGGACACUGCAGUCCCGACUUGUGAUGCGGACCCAGGGCAGCCUGAGGCUGAUCCUCAACACCAAGCUGUGGGCCCAGAUGCAGAUGGACAAGGCCAGCGAGAAGAGCAUCCGCAUCACCGCCAUGGAUACUGAGGACCAGGGUGUGAAGGUCUUCCUGAUCUCGGCCAGCUCCAAGGACACAGGCCAGCUGUACGCUGCCCUGCACCACCGCAUCCUGGCCCUUCGAAGCCGUGUGGAGCAGGAACAAGAGGCCAAGAUGCCCGCCCCUGAGCCUGGGGCCGCCCCAUCCCACGAGGAGGACGACAGCGAUGAUGAUGUGCUGGCUCCCUCGGGGGCUGCCGGGGCCGGCGCAGGUGAGGAAGGUGACGGGCAGACGCCGGGGAGCACAUAGCAGCCGGCGCACAGGAGGCUGCUGCUUGGUCGUCUGUCUGCCGCCCGCCCCCUCCCUGCAGGCAGCGGCACCAAGGGCAGAGCCACACCCACUGGGUUGACCACAGUCUGGAUCUGCGUCCCUUGGAAAGCAGACUCACUCGGGAGCUGCCUGGAUGUGGUUUGGGACAUGAGACCUCAUCAUA